UUCCUUUAAGGUCAGCCACCGAACCCACACCGUUAUCUAUUUAUCGAAUUAUAACAAAUCAACAUCUAAAUUUUAUACAAAUAAUCUAUUAAAUCGAAUUUUAAUUGUUUUUCUUCUAAGCCUACUUUAAAUGACUAUUCUGUCUCGCUCUAACACAUGCGCUCGUGAUGCGCUCAAGAACAUGCUCAAAACACGUGCAUUUUUUAUUGAUACCGAAAUUUUUCCAUUUUGAAAUCAGUUUGAAAUGAAUGAGGAAACGUUUUUUUAGUAUUAUAAACGUAUUACAAGUGAGAAUUGAGAAUGCUGCUGUUAAGAAUAUACCAGAAAUGGUUAAAUAAGCAUUUUUUGGUGGUUCAAUCCGUUCAAACUGGGGCCCUUAUGGCUGCAGGGGAUGCCAUAGCUCAGUUAGCGAUAGAAAAGAAAAAAUUACCUGAAUUUGAUCUAUCUCGAACGGCCAAAUUCGGAUUUUUGGGCACUUGUUUUGUUGGACCUACACUAACAGUAUGGUACCGAUUGCUUGCCAAACAAUUUGGGACUUCUUCGUCAACUUCAACAGCUCUCAAAAAAAUGGCUUGUGAUCAACUAAUAUUUGCACCAACAUUCCUCUCCAUUUUCAUAGCAAACGUGAAUUUCCUAAGCGGGAAAUCUGUGCAGGACAUUAAACAAGAACUUUCUAGAACGUAUCUGGAUAUUUUAAUAGUUAAUUGGAAAGUGUGGCCAGCAGUUCAGUUAGUGAAUUUCUAUUGUGUGCCUCUAAAUUAUCAAGUAUUACUAGUACAGGGUGUUGCUUUGUUCUGGAACACGUAUCUAUCAUGGAAAACACAGAAGAAGGUGGACUAAAAUUUUCCAGAAUUAUUUUUGACACUGUUACCUCAAUAUUUCAAUGCUUUAUGUCCUAUUUUUAGCUUUAAUUUAAGUGCAAACCAGCCUGUUAUGAUGAGAUAUUAUUUUUGAAUGUUUUCUAUUUCUAUUUUUCUUUUUUUAUACAUUUACUCGCCUGUUCAUAGCAUCAAAUUGUAUUCAGAUUUCAAAUUACGUGUAAUAUUUGGUCUCUAAGUCCUUAAUACGUUAUACAUAAACAUUUAAUACAU